GAAGAGAUAUAUGGAAGUUCCUCCCCUUCCUCCACCUCCUCGUCGUAGUCACCAGUCGCCAUAGAACCCACAGAAAUCUGCUCGGGAUACUCGAUGAGAUUCGGGUACUUCAGCAUCAUCACUCCAUACGAUGUCUGUCUUGCAUGAUAGGCGGCGAAUGCCUCGAAGCGACGUUAUCAGACCGAUUUCUACCGCCUGAUCGAAGGAUCAUGAUAGAAUAGCACUUUUAGAACCGAGCCACCAUUGAAAACCACUAUCGAAAUGAGUACCAGUGCUGCUGAGUUGUUCUACCUACUUGAAUCCAAUAAACUCGGAGAAGUGGAGGAGAUCAAGAAAGUAUUCCAUGAUCAUUUCUUAUGCACAAAAGAUAAUUGGUUGGUAAAUGGAUUAUUUGAUUAUUAUCUCUCCACAAAUUCCUUGAGAACUGCCGAAGUAUUAGCAGGAGUUCGAGAUCCACAUGACAAGCAUUUGUUAGAUCGUUUAUCAGACAUCCUUUCAAAAAGUGGUAAUAGCGGACAGAGAAUACAAGCGCUCACAUUGCUCGGCCAUAUAGCCAGACGUCAACCUACUUGGUUGUACAAGCUAGCCAGUCAUGCUUUAUUCAGAGAUCUACUUAAAUUACUUAAGGUGGAGGCAGAUAUAUUACCACUUAUGAGUGCCCUACUUUUAUUAGUAAUGUUGUUACCAAUGUUACCUGCUGCCCUAGGGCCAUAUCUACCAGAAAUAUUUGAGGUAUUCGGCCGCUUGGCCUCUUAUUAUUAUUAUCAGUCAUCUUUACUUUCUUCUUCUACCCCUUUUACUUCGACUGCAGUACCGAAUGUCAUCGACAAGGACCAUUUGUACCUCAUACAUUUGCAGGUAGGAUUAAACAACUUAUUUAAUAGACUGUAUGCGAUGUAUCCUUGCAAUUUUAUAUCAUACCUGAAGCACGCAAUACAACGCGAUCAAUUGGCUACGUUUACUCAUACUAUUAGACCUAUGUUGGAUUCUGUGCGUAUGCAUCCUUUGCUUGUUACGGCAUCCAAGGAUGCAGAAAUUUCAGCCACUAGAUGGAAAAAGAUGGAACAUCACGAUAUCGUGAUUGAAUGUGGCCGUUUUACAUUAGACAAAUGUCGAGAGGAAAUUUUAGUUAACUCUCGAUGCACUCCACCUCUAGAUCAAUCUUCCAUUACUUGUGCACCAAUCAACAUCUGUGGAGGAGUAACAACUGUGGAGAUAAGUAAUGGGGAGGAUGAUACGUUCUGGUCACCCAGUAUGGCGGUACCGCCGCAUAGUCCGCCGUUUCAAAAUACAUCUCACGAGCCACGUUCUGCCCCGCCGACGCCUAAUAAUAAUAGAAGUGGUACUUCACCGCCCGAGGCUGCUAUCGAAGCUACUCCUGAAACGACUCCUGUCAAGGAUCUACGAAAAUUAACAACAAGACAAGCGCCUUUGGGAUCCAGCGCGGUUCGUGCUCUAAAUGCAUUGAGCAACAGUGCAUCUUCUCGGCCAUCAACGCCCACUUCCGUAAAUUCCUCUUCUGCAGUGAGAAGUAUGGAUGUUGCAGGGAAUACACAUGGAUUUCUGUCGAAUAGGCUAAAUAAGAUUAUGACCGAUAGACAAAGUGUUCUACAACAGCAAAGAUCAGUGAGUAAUAGCGAAGAAAAUGGAAGGCUCUUAGAAAUGGCGAUAAGUCAAAACGGGAAGAAUGAUUCUGAGCAAGAAGAUCAAGAGAUACUGGAGAUAGUUAGUUCACAUGGAAAUGGAACAAUUGAAAUGCCAAAAUACGUCGAAUUGAAGUCCGAAACACGAAAUGAGAAGAAUACAGUCAACGCCCUAACUGAUUCGAUAUCGCAGAUUUAUAAACUUCGACUGUAUUCUCAACGUCAUUUCCCGUCGGAGGACUCGGAUUCACACGUAACGCACAAGAUUCGGCAUUCUAAAUCUUGUCCGGAUAUGGAAAUGCAGAAAAAAUACAGCGAAGACGUAACAGAUGAACCGAAAUUAAUAGGGACGACCAAACGCGAGGAUGUUAGCAUUCAAACGUGUGAAUUAUUUCCGUAUGAAUAUCUGUUCCUGGGACUGUUAGAUCAGAAUAGCCAAAACUGUAACCAAGAAGGUUCCGACUCAAGACUGUCACCAAUUAGCAUGCUCGAUCGGUAUAUCGAGACUUGUACAAGAGUGAAUAGCUUCUCUAGCAAAACGAAAACAAACGGCGCCAGGCUGAAGCAAAAGAAGAAAGGAGAUGAUGAUGUGGAAGAGGACGGAGGAGACGAUGAUGGCAUAGAUCCAAGCUGCGCCAAUCAAUUACUUCAAUUAAUGCAAAUGCAACUGCAAUUUGAAAGGCAAAGACGAGAAGUUCAUGCGGAACGUAAUCGACGUUUGCUCGGUAAAUCGAGGGACUUGAGAGCUUCGGAAGAGAAUAAUCUUGCUUUGACCGAUCGGUUAAAAAUGGUAGAAAGAGAAGUAGAAGCAUUGAAAGCGCAACUAGAACAUAAUAAAAAGGAAGCGCAUCAAGCUGAGGAACAAUAUAAAGAAACAGUGCAUCAUUGGCAAACUAAAUGCGUCGAGGAACAACGACAAAGUCAUGCAUUCAAGGAACGUUUAGAGUGUCUUGAAUUGGAAUUGAAAAGCGAACAAAAAAAGGCAGCUGAAAUACAGCAACAACUUCGUUCUACCGAGGCGGAAUUAUUCACUGCAGGACAUCAAUUAAAAGCAGCUCUAAAGGCUGCGGAUCGCAGUAAAGAAUUGGAACGCACUGUGGAUGUUAUGCAGAAAAAAUUCGUGCUUUUAGGAGAGGCACAAUUAAGACUUGAAGAAAAUACAAGUACUCUGUCACCGACGGUUAAACAAGAAGCGGCGCAAGUUCAGAAAUCAUAUACGGAAGAAUUGAAUAAUAUUCGGCGACAAUUGGAAUCGCGAACAUCACACCUGGAAGCGCUGAAGGCACGUCUGAGCGAGUUAGAAAAUAAAGACGCACGGAAGGAGACACAGUUGGUGGAUCUGCAACGAUUCCUGCAAGAAACGAAGGAGCAACACGCGUCUGAGUUGGAGGCUGUCGAGUCGAAAUAUCGGGCGCAGGUGGAGAUCAAUCUGCUACUGGAAGGUCGUAUACUCGAACUUCACGGCAAAUUGGAGACCGCUACGUGCUUGAACGCUUCGCCUAUGGCUAAUCCUGCUUCCUCGGCAUCGCCCAAGGAACGGUCGCCGCCUCUCUCGACCAGUCUGGCCUCGUCCAGCGAGGGUAGCCUCGCGUUCAUCCAUCCAGGCGGCGGGAUUAUCAUGAACGAUUGUUGCGAAACCGCGACAGGCGAGAUCUCUAAUCUGCAAGCUAUGAUAGAACCGUCGAGUAGCAACGGUCGAGCCACUUCGCCAUCGCGUACUCUCACUCAACGAUUAUCGAUGCCGAAACAGGACUAAAUGAUACCACUGAAAGGCAUCAACAGUUUUGUAUAUCGUCUCGAUGAAAGCAGAAUUUACAAAGAUUAUAUAUAUAAAAUUAUAUAUAUACGUUUGCGACUUACUGGAAAUAUGUCGCGAUACGAGAACAGUACGAGAAAAGUUAUUUGUAGCUUUUUAUCGAUAGAUUUUAGGCGAGAUUCGAAAGUUGCUAAUCGACUGAUUGCGAUCGAACAGACACGCUCUAUAACAAUUUGUUAUUCGGUAUAUCUCCACUCAUGGAAAAUGGAUUCACUCACAUGGAUGAAAAUAAAUGGUUGAGAUAUUUUGCUGACCAACUUUGAUAAUUUUAA